UAUAACUCUGAGGCUACUAUCACUCGUCUCCUUCGACGUCCGUUUAUCUCUUCGAUCUCCAUCACUACCACGAAUCCAUGAUCAUGGCAAGGCAUCUCAUCUCGGGGGCCAUCGCCGUUCUGGCGGUGGUGUGCAUCCUCCCGGCGAUCGCUCUCGCCGCUCGUGACAUCGCUGCCGCUAAGAAGCCGUUCGUCGUCCAGGGCCGCGUCUUCUGCGACACUUGCCAAGCCGGGUUCGAGACGCCGGUGUCGACCUACAUCCAAGGCGCAAAGGUGAGGGUUGAAUGCCGAUCAAAAACCACUGGUGCACAGACAUGCAGUUUUGAUGGCACUACCGACCACACGGGUACCUACAAAAUUCUAGUCGCCGAUGAGCAUGAGCAUGAGAUUUGCGAAUCUACCAUCGUCAGCAGCCCAGUAAGCAAUUGCAAGACUGCACUCCAGGGCCGUGAGAGGGCUCGCGUCUUCCUCAGCCGCAACAAUGGCAUCGCUUCAGACAUCCGAUAUGCCAAUGCACUUGGAUUCCAGAAAGACAGCCCCUUACCUGCUUGUGCCGCGCUGUUGAAGACCUAUGAGCAAAAUGAAGUCUAGAUAAAUUACUGAUUUAUCUCUAAGCUAUUUCAUUUUUCAAGUACUAAUGCUGCAUUAGCCCGGUUCUCGAACUCUAUUAAAUAUGGCAUGCACUGCUUGUCUAAUGUCUUUUAUUUUAUGAAGAAUCUAUAAAGAAUGCUUUUGCUAUC